AUGUCGCAUUUGACAACGUAUACAAGCUACGAGGGCUACGGAGAACGCAGCAAGAAGAACCUCUGGUACAGCCAGGCAGUUCGAAUUGGGGAGACGAUCGAGUGCUCCGGCCAAGGUGGAUGGGAUCGUGAGACAGAUAAAAUCCCGACAGAGCUCAACGCCCAGAUCGCGAAGGCUUUCGACAAUGUCGAACAUACUGUCAAGACAGCAGGUGGACGCGGCUGGGAGGAUGUGUAUUUUGUACGAUCAUACCAUGUCGCAAUGAAUGAUGAGGCGAUGGCGACAAUGGUUAAAUGUUUGAAGCAGUACGCCCCAAAUCAUCAACCUGCAUGGACUGCUAUUGGAGUUGCGAAACUUGCUUUUGAUGAUAUGCGUGUAGAGAUCGAAGUUAGAGCUCAUGUUCCAGCCGACAGGAAGUGA